AUUAAAUUCAACUAACCGGAUGAAUACCACCAACAAAACCUUGUUAGAUUUAAAUGACGACUGCAUCAUGGAAAUAUUACAAUAUCUAACCAUACAAGAUACUUUCAAUCUUAUGACUUUGCAUCCGAGAUUUCAAGAUGUUGCUUACGAAAGAAUUGCACAACUGAAACAUUUUGAGGUCAACUUUCGCGAACCACCAGAAUUCACUACAUGGCAGCUAGAAAUAAUUGGACAAAAUUUAAAGAGUCUCUAUAUAAGUGCCGGUUAUUCAUUGCCAACCGAUUUGAUACUACAAUAUCUAAAACCGCUAUGCUCUCAGGCUACGCACUUACAAACAUUGAAAUUACAUUAUUUUCAAUUUGAUGAAGAAUGUCAAAAAUGUCUUUUAGCAUUGGCUCCCCAAAUACAAGAUUUAAAUCUAAACUAUUGUCAACUUACCGAUGAAUUAUUGGAACCCAUAUUAGAGAAUUGCCAGAAACUUAAAUUUCUUUCUCUACUAGGAAAUUAUACUCUAAAAUGUGAUUCGUUGAAAAGUUUAAAUUCCAAGCACUUGAAACAAAUUCAAGUUGAACAAAAUGCAUUUUCCCGAGAUUCCAUUCAAUCGUAUGUUGCGGAAAAUCCUCAAGUGUCGGUGAAGGUAUACUCUCAGGGACGUUUAAAUUUUAAUGUUUAUGGUCCUUCGGAAUAGAUAUUUGACAGCUGUGGAAAUUUAACACAUUUUGCGUGAGAAAAUUAACAGGCAGCUGUUAAAAAAAAUUUUAGAUUUUAAGCUACUCAAUUCUAAAUUGCAAAUAAAAUACUAAACGUUUUGAUUUUAUAUAUAUUUUUUUAUAUUUAUUAAAUAUAUUUUAUUUAUUCAUUGGUAUGGAUCUGUGUAUUGUAUUUAAAAAUUAGGUAUUCAUGUCGAAUAAAGAUUGGGAAUACAUUUUUAAUGAAAAA